AUGGCAGAUGAGUCAAUGAAGCCAGAUUUCGAAGCAUCAAAGCUGGGAACGAAGGAAUAGUAAGUUAUCUUGAUAAAUAUUAAUAUUGUUCAUUUUUAGUUGGGAUCAAAGAUACCAACAGGAUCUAAAAACAUUUGAAGAUUGUGGUGAAGAAGGAGAGAUAUGGUUUGGUAAAGCGGCCGAGAAUAGAAUUGUAAAGUUUGUGGAGAAAUACUGUAGUGAAUAUACACGUAUCUUAGACUUGGGAUGUGCUAAUGGUAGUCUCUUGAGGAAGCUGGUAAAAUUUUAAAUUUUUUUGUUGAUAUUUAGGUUUUCUUAGCAAAAUUAGUUGGGAUUUACUAUAAAGCGAUUGUGUAGAACAAACUGCACAGUAUUUAAUUGAUUUUGGCACGUUUUACGUCGAUUUACAUUAAGCGCUUCUAAUGUCUACUAUAACAUCAUUUUUCUUGGUUUUAAGCUUCAUUUGCGUAAUUUUAGUAUUGUAAAAAAUUCCGUUAUGUGUCUGGUGUAGAUUAUUCUGAAGCUGCUAUAAAAUUGGCUAGAGAAUGUAUUGAAAAGGACGAAAGUCUUAAAGAAAGUUCGUCAUUUCCCAUUCACAUUCCACUAGAAGUUGCUGAUCUAACAUCUCCCAGCACGUUGCCAGAGUCUUUAAAGGAAGAAUUUGAUGUGCUAAUUGAUAAGGGAACUUGGGACGCUAUGUCACUUGGAAAUGCAGAUGUCAAGAAGUACAUUCAAUGUCAUUUUGCGUUGUACAACAAGCUGGUGACAGCUGAUCAUUACUUCAUUAUUGUGAGCUGUAACUUCACUGUGUAAGUUGCUUUAUUUUUGGUGUUUAAUAUGUAGGGUCAUAGAAGGUUAUUUUUCCUGUAUAAUGUUGAAGAACAUUAUGUUAUUCGAGUUGUACUUGAAAAAAAGACUAAAAUUAUAUUAUCCAUGAUCAAAGUUUCGGUUUUAGAGAAGAACUUGUUAAACUAUUCACGAAAGAUGGAGAUUAUUGUAUGGUUGAAGAGUUGCCAAACACAAAUACGUUCUCAUUUGGUGGAAAAGCUGGAAAAACGACGAGUGGAGUUGUGUUCAAAAGGAUAAAGUAUUAUUGA